GCGAGGCGGCGGUGAUGGCGUUGGCGGUGGAGGCCGGGCCCGCGCGCCUCGUCCGCUCGGCCCAGAAGGACGAGCUCUACCGGGGCGCGCUGAGGAGCGCAGCCGGGGCUGCCCUCGGGCGGCUGGCCGGUGCCAAAACGUGGUUUGAAUGGCAGAAGGAAAUUGACUUGCUUGCUGACGUUGCGUAUUUCACGCUCACUACCCUUACUGGUUACCAAACUCUAGGUGAAGAAUACGUCAAUAUCAUCCAAGUGGACCCUUCAGGGAAAAGGGUUCCUUCAUUUCUUCGACGUGCUGCCCUGAUUUCUUUGCACACCGUCUUGCCUUAUUUGUUAGACAAAGGGUUAGUCCACCUGGAACACGCACUUGAGGCCGAAAGUGAUGGGGCCAGAGCUCUGCAAAGCAGGCACUUAAGCAGGUUGCGGGACAGGACUCUCUUACGGGGCUGGUUGCAGAAAUGGCUUCGCAGAUUGACCGAGCAACAGAAGAAGAUGCUCAGCCAGGCCGUCUCCGUGCUCAAGCAAACUGUUCCACUCCUUCGUCGACUGCACUUGGCCGUAUUCUAUCUGAAUGGCGUCUUCUACCAUCUGUCUAAAAGAGUGUCAGGGAUUACAUAUCUACGCUUUGCAGGAUUGGCUGGAGAUGACCAGAACAUUCGGUCAAGUUACAGGCUCCUUGGGACUGUUUCGCUGCUGCAUCUGUUCCUGAUGAUUGGCAUCCGCGUGUACAGUUUCCAGCAAAGGCAGAGGACAAGACAAGACUGGAAGCUACCCCGAAACCUCUCCAGUCAGAUGACCCAGCCUGAGGAGGCGCUCCUCAGCCGCAGCUCGUGCUGCACGCUGUGCUUGGAGGAACGCCGCCAUGCCACCGCUACUCCGUGCGGACACCUCUUCUGCUGGGAAUGCGUCGCCGAAUGGUGCAACACCAAGGCCGAGUGUCCACUCUGCAGAGAGAAAUUCCACCCACAGAAGCUGAUUUAUCUACGACACUACCAGUGACAGCGGGCUGUCAGACUGUGAAGUGUUGGAAGCCAACGAAAGUACAACUUCUGAUCAAGUGCAAGACUUUAUUUUGAUACUGAAUCAUUGUGAUAAACCAAGCAGUCAAGUACUGUGUUUCACUGCUUGUACAAAGAGAGAUGAA